AUGGCCGACCUGUACGAACCGUUAGGUAUGUUCCCAGCCUUUUCUUGGCUAAGGCGACAUCUUUUUGAAAAUCUGUCUUGACAUUUUUCGAGCAAAAGAGAGAGUUGACUCUUUGGGUCAAGUGUUUCUCUUGAUCGCUCUUGUGUUGUUUCAAUAGAAAUAAGGUGACAGGUAGGUCGCAUGUGGCCUAAAAAUCCAUAUUUCAAUCAUUUUGGUCUUUUCCCCUAAGGCAGUCGCGAGUUUUGAUUAAAGGAAGACUUGACCAAAAGUCAAGAGUUACUUUGCGGUUUUGAAAGGUAAAACAAAUUUGAAAAAGGCCAAGAAAAAUCAAGAAGGCCCUUGGAUAUUAUAUCGCUCUCAAAAAUCUCUUGCCAUAACGUUUUUCCGCCUAGAGCAACAGUUGACUCAAAGUGUCAAGUCUUACCCUCUCUGCCGAUUUCUGCAGUUUUUGAUCAAAAAAGUGUAAACUUUGACUAUCCAUAAGUUUUCAGGUAACGUGGAUGGCCCCGCACCUGCUCCCGCACAACCGCCCCCGCCUCCGCCGCCGCCUCCACCGGAAGCCGCAGCCGCUGCAGGUGCGGGCGGCGAGUACGAGGUCCCGAACUUUGGCCCGGGCACCCUCAACAACGCACCACCACCGCCCGCAAGACCCGGUCCUCCGCCUCCGCCGCCUGCACCGGCCGCUGAACCGUGAGCUUUGCAGUUUUGAGGGGUCUAGGUCAUGGAUAAUAUAAAAAGUGGCGAGAAUUGGGGAGAAAAUGUGUUGUAGAGCGAGAAUACGAUCUGGGAAACUAUUUUUUAGACAGCAUGUUGGAUUUUCAACUAAUUUUAGGCGUAAAAUUUAAAAUUUUGAUUUUCCCGCCAUCUUUGGCAUUCUGUUGCAACAUCAAAUUUUUAAAUAUAAGUGAUGAAAUACAAUAAUAACAAACUUUAUUUAUACGUAUUUUACAAUUUUUUUGAAGUUUAGUUUUAAAUUUAAUUUUUCCCGCCAAUUUUGGCAUUGUGUCUGAAGGCCUGAAAUUGACAAUAUUGAAAUAACAAUUGAGAAAUAAAUGGAAGAAAGUGUUGAGAAAGGCAUAUUUUACAAUUUACAACCACUUUUCAGCGACGAAGAGACGGAUUUGCGUUCAGCCAGCCAAAAGGACAAGGAAGAUGCAGGAUCCCACAAGAAUAAGCAGUCCAACAAGGUUUGUAGUCUUACUUUCUUGGAUAAUUGACGACGUGGUCAAAGUCUUUGAGUAUAAAGACCUUUCUUAUACUGUACGAUUUUAGGGAACGAAGAAGCCCAGUAACGAGGAGACGUUUGCGAGUGCAGUCAAGUCUCCAGCCGGCAAACCGAAGAAAAAGGUAAGAGAAUCUAAAUAGCCUUGCAGCGCUUAUAUUUACCGAUUUUUCCCACGAACCGGCUGCUUUGGGCAUAAGUUACAUUUUAUACGCUUAAAGAUGCAUUUUUCACACUAAAAUGGCAAGACAUAGAUAACAAAUUAGAUUUUAGUGUUUAAAAAUGCAUGAAAAGUGUUUUAAUAGACAUGAAAUUUGAUAAUUUAGCGAAUUUGGGAUAUGUGACAUUUUAUACGAUGAAAGGUGUUUUGACUAAACAGUUGGAUUACUGGUAGGAAAUUUCUUAUCAUACCUUGGAAACGUGUUUAAAUAGUCUUUUUAACCUUUAAAUUUAAUAAUCUGGCAAAUUCGGCCGUGGUGACAUUUUGUACGAUGAAAAGUUUUUGCUCAGCCAUAAAAAUUUUACAUGAUUUUUGGUAAAUAUAGAAGUUCAAGGUCUCAAUUCUUUUUUUGGCAACAUUAAUUUGAUCUUAUGCACUGCAAUUUGCCUAUUUUCAGCCCAAAAAAGGAAGCAGUCGCGACGUUGGGAUCAUCCUGGUGGUCACCAUUAUCGCCAUCCUUUUGAUGUGCGGCAUUGCCUACGGCAUUCUUCAUGUCACCGAGAACCUCACCAAGGACAUUUUCACCGUCUUCUAG